UUGUUUUGUAUCUUAUUUUACUAAUUUGAAUUCAACAACAAAUUGAUAUUUUCAAUUAUAUAUUAUAUAGUAUAUAACGAAAUAUGGAUAACCAAGGUGACAUUUGUUGGAAGUGCCACAAAGGAGGAAUAACAUUGAAAUGCUCUUCCUGCAUACGACCAUAUCACAUUAACUGUGUGAAGGCCACAAAUAUGAGUAAUAUCAAAAUUUGGCGUUGCGAAGAUUGCACCUCAAAAGACACGCCUGAAGAAUUGAAACGGAUCCCAAUCAUUAUCAAAGGACGGUUGAAUUCAAAUUUUGAUGAAACUUUUUUUGGGCACCAAAAUUUAUUGAACUCGACGAAGGAAAGUCUCUUCAAUUCGACCAUGAUACCAUUGGUGCAAAACAUAAAAAUAAAAGCAAAUUCUUACCAAAAUUUUAAUGACCUCAUUGCUGACUUCGAGUUUGUCGUACAUAAGUGUGAAACGUUGUUAUCAGAUAAACAUAACAAAACGAAAUAUGCAAUAAAACAGUUGGGCUUUUUAAAGGUGGAAAUCGACAGUGUGAAAAAAUGCAUUCAAUGUCAUAUUCAUGCGAACGAUAUCGUCACGCGGCCAAAUUGGUUCACAAUGGUGUGCGAUAGGCCGCAUAUAAUUGUUUGGGCGAAGCAAUCGAAAAAAUAUCUGCCCGGCAAAGUUAUGUGUGCUAAUGAACAAGGAGUGAAUGUUCGUUUCUUUGGUGGCACGCUGGAGUAUCGUCUGAAUGCCAAUGUCCACAAAUGUUUGUUGUACUCUAAACAAAGUCUAAACAAUACAAGUACUGAGCAAAGUUCGGAAUACACAAAGGCUUUGAAGGAGGUCGAUGAAUAUAUCAAGAAUUUGAUAUCAAAAUUUGGUGCAUUCAAUUACGCGAAACCAAACACAUCAUUCGAUCCCAUGUUACUCGAUCAGUAUGUUUAUAACAUGAUGAAUCCCACAACAACUCCGGAGCCUGAAUUAAGGCCGAGGGGCCGAAAAAUCCAUGAAAUCGGUAAAAAUUACGAUGAACCAUCUGCCAAACGAUAUGCAUAUGCAAAAAAUCGGACUUAUACUCCUGAAUCCGAUGAAGCAAACAACAAUUCAGUUGAAGAUGAAGAAAACAUGGCUGUCGAAUCAACAUCGAAUGAAAACGGCGGAAAACAAACUGAAACAUCGAUAGAAAAUGAUCGAAUGAAAAUGACGGAGAAUCAACAUCGAAUGAACAUGCUUUUGUUCCAAGAUUUCAAUCAAUGUUUCAUGAAAUUGAAUCAAGAUUGGAGAGAAGCGAAUGAAACAAUUGAAUCGAUGAAAGAGCAGCACAAAACAGAACUGUCACAAUUGAUAGCUGAAAAGGAAAUACUGGCAAAACAACUGCGUGAUAUGAAUGGAUUAUACGAACAAAAAAUCAACGAAUUGGUUGUAAAGGAAGAAGAAUACAAGAAAGCAAUCGAAGAAGCAAAGAAAACCAGGUUUUGUUUGGUAUGCAAGAGUGAGGCUCCCGACUUUUAUCUCUGCGAUGCCAUUUGCGCUGAAAAAUUUAGGGAAAGUGCUGCACAUUAAGAGGAAAUGUGCAUCUAAAAAUGAGCCGAGGUCAAUUAAGCCCAUCAAAAAUUUCACUUUUUCAUUCUUUCAAUUAAGUAAUUAAGUAAAAAAAAUUGUAAGAAUUA